GUGGACUGUCCGCUCAAAUAGUGGACACCUGGCAACCCUACGGGAAAGUUCAGUCCCAGAGAUUUGGUUCUCUGGAACGCGGGGGCGAGUGGCUGAGAAGGGGCGGGGCUUCUCUUGGCGGAGAGGAUGCAGGACGUGUCUUCGCUUGCAGAUGGAAAAGCCACGCAUGGGUGAUGUGGCUGCACCGGGCUUCCCUCUGGCUCCUGGGAGAGGUGCUGGGGGCCUCCUUGCGGGGGGGCCACUGCGGCUCCCUCUUACACUCCCUGUCCUACUUCUACCUGCAACUCUCAGAGUCCAGCCAGGGGCUUCCCCAGUUCUUCAUUAAGAGCUACCUGGAUGACCAGCCCAUCGCUCGCUUUGACAGCCUCACCGGGAAGAUGGAGCCUCUGGUGCCCUGGAUGGAGGAGGUGGAGAAGGAGGCCUUUCUGGCCCCUGAAAGAGUCUUCAGGGCUGAUCUGGAGAAGUUAUCAAAACUGGACCGCCGUGCUGGAGGGCUUCACACCUGGCAGGUGAUUUUGGGCUGUGAGCUCAGGGAAGACGGGAGCAAAGGAGGGUUUUUGCAUUAUGGCUACGAUGGGAUGGACUUCAUCAGCUUCGAUAAGGAGACCCACAGAUGGGUGGCAGCUCAGCCCCAGGCCCAGAAGGUCAAGGAGAAGUGGGAGGAAGAUCCAGGGUGGUCCCAGGGAAAUAAAGACUUCCUGGAGGAGACCUGCAUUGAGUGGCUACAGACAUACCUGUCCUAUCAGAAGGAGGCUCUGAAGAAGACAGAGCCCCCACUGGGGAAGGUGACCUACAAGAUGAUUAAUGACAGCCUGGAGACCCUCAUCUGCCAGGCCUUUGGCUUCCACCCCAAGGAGAUCCAGGCCACCUGGAGGACGAAAAGAAAGGUGGUCAAGUAUGAGACCCUCCAUAAGAACGUGGCCCCCAACUCAGACGGGACCUACUAUGUCUGGCUCAGCAUUGAGAUCGACCCCAAGGAGAGGAACCAUUUUCAAUGUCACCUGGAGCACGAGGGCUUGCAGGAACCCCUGGUUUUGGCCUGGAAGGAGGAAACAGCUAGAUUGUCGUGGAUCACUGUGGGAAUUGUGGCUGCCAUAACUGUGGGAAUUUGGAUUCUCUAUCGAAGCUGCAACUGGCUGGGAUGCAGGGAAAUUUUGCAUCAGGAUGAGACAAUUCGCUUUCAUCGCCGUGAUCUAGAAAAUUCUCCCCUAAUUUAUUGCACAGAAGAUGAGAUCCAAUCGCAGGCAGUGCUCCAGCCCAAAAGUACAUCAGAGGGUUGCUGCGGGCAGAAGACAGAGCUAAGGGAAGGAGAGAAAACACCUCUGAUGGCUUCCCCAGAUGCCUAUUCAGACAAUGAGGAAGGGCCAGCUCCGGGGACUUUGCGGUGGGGCCUGGAGGAACGUCUGGAAGAUGCCGAGGCCACCAAGCCAGGAAUGGAAGGGCUGGAAGAAGAAGUGAGGCCAAGAACCUCAGAGGAACAAGUGGAUGAACACCUGGCUGGAGAGGAAAGGGGAGAGAUGCAGCUGGAAGGGCUCACAGACCCAGGCAGAAGCCCAGGAUGGAGAAGGAUUGUAGCUGCAGCUGAUCAGCAGAGAUGAGGAGAAACUGUCUCCUCCACCAUAGGACCAGUGGUGGGUUGCCCCUGGUUCAGACCGGUUCGCAAGAACCGGUAGUAAAACCAGCAGGAGGCCCCGCCCACUGCCCCAGAUGUCAUCAUUGGCGAUCUGCGCAUCUGCGUGUGCGCGAGCAAAGCAAGCGCGCACCCGCAAUCCCAUUGCAAACCAGUAGUGAAGGUCAGUAGAACCCACCCCUGCAUAGGACUGAACGGUGGAAGGCGGAAUGGAGGUCGGUGAGGCUACUUAGUCACAAGAAGCCUCUUUCCUCAGUCAGUGGGGGUUGCAUAACAAGUCAGGACACAGAGUCAUAGCUGAUGGGUUGAAGAGGGUUGGCUACUGCCCGAGCCAAUCAGAGCUGAGAUUGGUUGCCUUGAGUGAAAAGGGGGAGUUUCCUAGUUUCCCGCCUUUUUGCCCCAUGUGCCUGGCGUGCUCCCUGUCAUUUACCUCAUGAUGUGGUUCCUGCCGCAUUAAUUUACCUGUUUGCUUGCCUCUCUUUUUUUUUACUGUAAAUAUAUUUAUUUAUAUAAAACCACAACUUUU